GGUGGCACUGGGAGCUGCUGGGAGAGCAAGAGGAGAGCGUCUGUCUGUCCAUCCAGCUGCCAGAUUUCCUUGUGGACAUUCCUGCACUGAGCUAAAAUGGGAGACGGAUCAAAGGUUUUCAAGAAGACCAGCCCCAACAGCAAGCUCUCUCUGUACCUAGGGAAGAGAGAUUAUGUGGAUAACGUGGAUUCAGUAGAAUCUGUAGAUGGUGUCUGCCUGAUUGACCCGGAGUACCUGAAGGACAGGAAAGUGUAUGUGACGCUGACCUGCGCCUUCCGCUACGGCCGCGAUGACCUCGACGUGAUCGGCCUGACCUUCAGGAAGGACAUCUAUGUGCUGACCACCCAGCUGUACCCCCCCGUGCCAGACCAGGCCCCCAAAACCCUCACUCCUCUGCAGGAGAAGCUGAUGAAGAAGCUCGGGGAGAACGCCUACCCCUUCACCUUUGAGAUUGCCACCAACCUGCCCUGCUCCAUCACCCUCCAGCCCGGGCCAGAUGAUGUGGGAAAGGCCUGUGGCGUUGACUUCGAGGUCAAAGGAUUUUGUGCUGAAAAUCUGGAGGAGAAAAUCCACAAGAGGAACUCGGUGCGCCUCAUCAUCCGCAAGGUGCAGUUCGCCCCGGCGCAGACGGGGCCGGCCCCGCGGGCCGAGACCACCCGGCAGUUCAUGAUGUCAGACAAACCUCUGCACCUCGAAGCUUCCCUGGACAGGGAGAUCUAUUACCACGGAGACCCCAUCAAUGUGACCGUCAACAUCAACAACACCACCAACAAGGUUGUGAAAAAGAUAAAGAUCUCAGUGGAUCAGAUCACAGACGUGGUCCUGUAUUCCCUGGAUAAAUACACGAAGACUGUGUGCUCCGAGGAGAUAAAUGAGACUGUGGCUGCCAAUUCCACCUUCUCCAAAACGUACUCGGUGACCCCCCUGCUCUCCUCGAACCGCCAGAAGCGAGGCCUCGCUCUCGAUGGCAAACUCAAGCACGAGGACACCAACCUGGCCUCCACCACCAUCCUGAGACCUGGCAUGGACAAGGAGGUGCUGGGCAUCCUGGUGUCCUACAAAGUGAAGGUCAACCUGGUGGUGUCCCGAGGAGGCAUCCUGGGGGAUCUCACUGCCAGUGAUGUUGGGGUGGAGAUGCCCGUCAUCCUCAUGCACCCGAAGCCUGAUGACUCUAAGCCAAGCGAGGAGGACAUUGUCAUCGAGGAAUUUGCUCGCCAGAAGCUCAAGGGGGAGAAGGAUGAUGAAGAUGAGAAGGAGGAAGCUGAGAAAGAGGAGAGCUAA